AUGCUCAGAACCCUGCCAGAAGAAAAGAAGUCGAAUUGGGCAGACAAUCUAAACAAAGUCGUACAUGCGUAUAACUGUACGAGGAACGAUGCAACAGGAUUCGCACCAUUCUUCCUAUUGUUUGGUAGAGCACCAAGACUACCUAUUGAUCAGAUAUUUGGACUGUGUCAUCUAUCGCAGAGUGUAAGUUAUCCAAAGUAUGUGGAACAGUGGGCUACGGCUAUAAAAGAUGCGUACGAGAUCGUUAGAAACAGAACGGGGCAUCAACUUCACACAAGAGGAGAGAGAGAGCGAAAGAGAGCACAUAAUUCGGCACUUAAUCCAGGUGAUCGAGUUCUGGUUCGUAACUUGAGCGAACGUGGGGGACCAGCAAAACUUAGAGCUUACUGGGAAGACAAGAUACACAUUGUCGUCGAACGGAAAGGUCAAGAUAGCCCAGUGUACAAAGUAAAAUCGGAAGGAGCAGAAGGAAGAGUACGUGUUCUUCAUAGAAACCUGCUUCUACCCUGUCACUUUUUGGAGCAACAAUCAGCAAACACAGGCCACAGGGAACAAAAGGAAUAGUAGAAAUCGGAAAGAGCGACCUGUCAAAACAUCUCACGCUACUGAUGAAGCAAUGAAUGAAACACGAGAAUCCGACACGGACGAAGAUGGCUACUCAGAUAUACACUUCGAAGAAUACAGAUCAGCCCAGAGACCAGAACCAGUCGUAGUACCUGAUGUAGAGAUUAAUGGAGAAAUUCCUAACGAAGGUCCUGAUCUGGUGAAUGUCUAUGACCAAGGUGGAGAACAUGGGCGUACCGGAAGGAAAAAUUUAGGGGGCGGCAAAAAAAUUUCGGUCAGUGUACCAAUUUAGGGGUCAAAAUAUUUUUCCGGACAUACCAAAAUUUUUCGUACCAUCAUACAAAUUUUCCCAAAAAAAUACAUUUGCCACAAAAUUGACAAAAUUUUCGACAAAAUUGACAGAAUUUGUCCCAUUUAUUUUUAUAACACACCAAAAUUGCCCGACUGUUAAUCGAAUAUUGCCCGACUGCCCAAAAAACUGGGGGGGGGGCUACCGCUACAAUUGUAGAAAGCUUGUGCGGAUACGUAAGAAUGUUGAAUGCAUUGUACGGCGAAGAAAAUGCAUAG